AUGUUUCCUUGGUCCGCCGUGUUCACCCUUGAGCCCAAAGUGCCUGGCCACCGCACCCCCGAGGAGUUAGUCACCAAUACUCUGAUGCUGGAGCUGGGGGCCAUGGUGAAGCGCACCGAACGCAUCCGUCUGGAGCGGGCGACAGAGGGCCGCCGCCGCCGCCGCAGCUCAUCCUCCGCGGCUGAUUACAGCUGGCUGGCCAACGCACCGACCACACAGCCCUAUCAGCUGACCCCCAAUGACCUCCUGGAGCUGCAGGAUCUCUGUGCCAAGGUCCCUCCUGCACAGUGCGGCCCUGUGAUCGUCAGGUUUAGGCGCAUGGUAUCACAGAUGGAGCCUGAGGUUCAUGAGGUGCCCAGAGUGUUUCGCACAGUGCUGCACGACUGUGUGGACGAGGUUACUGGAAAUGAUGAGAUGCAGCCGGACGACGUGGUAGAAAAGCAGCAGCGGAGCAAGAGCCUCUCCUUCAUUACUUUCCGCUCCAAGUUCCGUUCAGGCCAGUUAUUCAAGGGCAGCAACCUGAGUGGCUCCAGAGGGAACCUGCAGCAGAAUCUGGAUUGGUCCGACGAGGAGGGCGAUGACGGAGAAAGGGAGGAAGAAGUAAUUCAGGCCAGGGCGAGGAAGGGAAGGAGCAGGAGCAUGCCAGACAUCUCCCCUAUGGAGCAAAGUUCCCAGCGGUGA